AUGGGUAGCUUGUUUCUGUUGCUCUUGUGUUUCACGGAGUGGGCUUUUGCCGCUACCGUCUAUUUUACGGCCAACCUUACCUGGGCCGAACAUUCUGUCGCAGGGGUUCAGCGGGAGAUUAUCCUUACCAAUGGGCAAUACCCCGGUCCUGAACUACGAUUGAACCAGGGCGAUGAUGUCUAUUUUGAUGUUUAUAAUGGUUGUCCGUUCAACGUGACAGUGCACUUUCAUGGUAUCGAACAGAUCGGCACACCGUGGUCAGAUGGAGUUCCUGGAUUAUCCCAAAGGCCAAUUGAAUCAAACAGCGAAUUCCGUUAUCACUGGAAGGCUGACCAGUACGGUGCCUACUGGUACCAUGCCCACCAUCGCGGCCAAUUGGAAGACGGCCUGUACGGGCCGAUCUAUAUUGCCCCCUCGAGAAGCGUGACAAAGCCAUUCAGCCUGAUAACGAGCAACGAUACCGAUCUCCAAGCCAUGAUCGAUGCGGAAGAAAAUACUUCGCCACUACUGCUCUCGGACUGGCGUAUUUUGACCUCGGAGCAGAUUUGGAAUGCCGAGGAGGCCUCUGGGAUUGACGCACUUUGUGCCAAUGCUCUGCUGAUCAACGGGAAGGGCUCGGUGACAUGUUUUUCACAAGCUGAAAUUGAUAGCCUAACGACACCUGACCAGAGGGCGGCUCUGGGAAAUGAAAGUCUCACUGAUAUAGCAUGCUUUCCUCCGGACAUCGGGCAAGGCGACUACACUCAUAACCUCAGUGCUCUCUUGCCAACAAUGUUUUAUGGAUGCACACCCUCUCAAGGCUCCCAGCAGGUCAUCAACGUAGACCCAGAAUGUCAAUAUAUCAGUCUGGAUCUUACCAGUGCUGCCGGCUUACUCAAACUCACAUUCUCCAUCGACGAACAUUUCAUGUGGGUAUAUGCUAUUGAUGGACGCUACAUUGAGCCCGUCGAGGUAAACGCCAUCACUAUCGCCAAUGGAAACAGAUAUUCCGUGCUCGUUCCAGCAGACCAGACACCGGGAGACUAUACAGUUCGCAUGGUCAGCGGUAGUGGCCAGCAAAUUCUCAAUACAACGGGCAUCUUCCACUACCAAGCUCCGGAUCAGCUCAAUCGACCCUCCAAUCCAUGGAUUACCCUGACCGGUGGCAAUGCCACGGCAGAUACCGACUUCUUCGAUGAUAAUCAAGUCGUACCCUACCCAGCCAUCGCCCCAUCCACCGAUGUCGCCGCCACAUAUAUUCUGACGAUUAGUCGCUUCAACGCAUCGUACCGCUGGACACUGGGAAACAGCAGCUAUGACCUCGAGCUCGAAGAAUCCCAGCCCCUGCUUUUCAAUCAAACCGCCAUCCCCAGUGACCUCAUAGUUCGUACCGACAAUGAUACAUGGGUUGACCUGAUCAUCCAAGUUGACUCCCCAGCUCAACCCGCUCAUCCAAUCCACAAACAUUCUAACAAGCACUUCGUCAUUGGGUAUGGUUUGGGAACAUUCAGCUGGUCGUCGGUCGCAGAGGCGAUGCAGUUUAUUCCAGGUUCCUUCAAUCUUGUCAACCCCCGAUCAGGGACACUACUUCCACCCUGA